AUGUCUGGUGAUCAGAAGUAUAAGGAAGAAGAGGAAGGACCUCUACAGAUAGUGGCUUAUAUGUUUGCUGGACUUGCCAUGAUGCUUAAUAUUAGGCUCUCGUAUAGUGCUGCACCAUUUGCCCUGUUGAGGUUUAAGUUACCUGAGAAUCUCUUCAGUGUCUUCGUCAGGACCACUUCAAGCUCAUUAGAGCUUUGGUGUUUGUUUACUAUGCUAUUGGUCAAUAUUAUUGACACUGGUUCAAAACUAUUAUUCAAACACGGAGUAAUCAAGCCACCUGCAGGAACCGCUGAUGGAGUACCCAACGACACCGACAAUAAUAAGUCCAAGUCCCUGAAGUUAUUGACUAUCAUCUAUCCUUCCAUAGUUACUAUGUGGACGUACUCAUACGAAAUUCUGAAACAUGGCGAACACAAUGAUAGGAUAUUGAGAUUCGGCACUAGCCAAGCUUGGGAUGCCUACGACACUAUUCGUAAUACUAGUGUUACCUUUAAUGCCAAUCUCAAUGCUGGUAGUGGUGGUACUGGAUUUGAGUCUAAUGGUUCUAUAACUAUCACUGUAACUAAGGGUGGUGAUAAGUUUACAGAACUCGGCAAUGCUAGUCCUAAUGUCGAAAUCAAGCUCUCUACAGCUGGAAGUUCUAUCAAGAAGUGUGAUAAAGAUGGUGGUCAACCUCAAGAUUUCACCAAUGGCACUGUUAGUACACUUGAUAAGGAUACCAAGCUAUACAUUCAAGCCACUGGUUCCAUCUCUAAACCUAGUGGUGCUGGAGAAGUUACCAUUAAAGCUAUUCUAACUGUAACAUCCUCCGGUCAGAGUCUUGGCAACACUGGACUCAGUUUACGUGGAGACCCUUCUAAGGAUCCUAGCAGUGAUGGUCUCACUGGAACCAUAACACCAACGGGUAAUAGCAAAGUCACAAUCCAGGAUGGUGGUAAUAUCGAUUUGACAAAUGAUGCUCUGAAAGCUCUUAAGUUACUCACUAAGAAUGCUGUUACUCUCACAAAAGAUAGUUUUGCGUCUAAGGCUACAAUCAAAGUAACAGGCUAUGACUUCAAAUCACUCACUGUCCCUACUAGUCAAAAUCUUCAAAUCUACAUCUCCGGUGGUACUAUCAAAAUGUAUAAUGAGAAAGGUCAACUCGAAGAACUCAAAACCAAUACUGGGCUCAAGGCUGGUACUAAGCUGUCCCUUAAUGCCACUGGUCAAAUCACUGAACCUCCCGCUAAUAAUGCUCAUGUUAAUCUUGCAGGUACCAUUGUGGUCACCAAUAAAGAACAACAACAAAUGGGCUCCAGUCUCACCUUCAAUGUAGGUCCAAAUCGUUCUGGUGUCACUGGAACCCUAACACUCAAGGAUGAAACUGGUCCUCCUAAACAUGUCAAAAUCACUAGUAGUAAUCUCACAAUCUCUAAAGAAGCCUACACCACUAUCCAGAUGGCUUCUGAUACCACUUCUAGUUCAUUUACCAUUGGUUCUGUUACUAAUAUUAAGUACCCUAAUACUAAUCCUAAUACUACUAUUCCUAAUAUUACUACAGUAAUACUAGAAACCGUUACAAAAGAAAAUACUCCUACCAACCGAACCCCUUAA